AUGGCUCCCGCCGACUCGCAGUCCGUUCGGUCGAGCUCCUCGCGACGACGGCGCACCAAUCACGAAAGACCUCGGACCCGCGGCAGCGGCACAGAGGCUGCACACGUGGAUACUCCUGCGCAGCUAGACUCGAUCCCCGCGGCCGUCCCUCGCCCAAACCCGCCCAAUAUCCGACUGAUUUCCGCCGAGGCCGAGAAGGAAUCUCAAAAGGUGAGAUCGCUCUAUACUUCUGGGGAGGGUCUCAAUUGGGAAGACGUAGGCGAGCCACCGCCGCCUCUGGGUGGUGCUCCUUCCCAGUUCACGUCCGAUUCCCCGCUCGAGCUCCCACCUACUCGUGGUACCCACGUAUCAAGUAGUGUCACACUUACGGAUGGCGAUGAUCCAAACUUGCCAGCGCCAUGGACUGAUCAGCGCACCGAGGGAAUCGAGGACUGGGACGGCAUCAACGUUGAAGAUGUGGAUCGCUAUGGCUUCAUCCUGCCCGCCAAGCCACAAACUCGAACAGCGAAUUCGGAGGACUCGGACAACGCGCCUGAUUCGCCUCGGAAGUCUCGUUCCACAUUGCGAAAGAUGGCCUAUGGGGGCAAUUCACUCACGCCUAGACGUGGGCCAAGUCGGAAGUCGUCCGCACGUUCCCUUCACUCGCACGCUUCAGACUUCUCGACUGCAACAUACCGCUCUUCUCGCUCGCCCAUGCGGACCGCCAUGAACUUGCUGCCCCAUAACAGGGACAGGAGACUGGUGGACGAGGCGGGCGAUGUGCUUGCAAUGCAGCCGGGGUUAACCAACAUCGCCGAGGAUGAGUCAGCCGAGAUACUCGCCGAUGAAGCGAAGCGCAAGGAAGUGUCGAGGACUGAGAAGUGGCGUAGGAUGGCCACUGUCGUCAAACAGGGUGAGGAUGGUCAGGGCAUGGUCUUUGAGUUCGAUCUAAAGCAUCCCAAGCUCCUUAAGCGGGUGUGGAAGGGCAUUCCGGACUGCUGGCGGUCGGCUGCGUGGUUCUCUUUCCUUGCAUCCAGUGCGCGAGCGAGCGGGGACUCUUAUGCGACAGAUGAGCAGCUGAAGAGCGACUUUCUGCGGCUCGUUGAUGAGCCAUCACCAGAUGACGGGCAGAUCGAUCUCGACGUGCCGCGCACUAUCAACCAGCACAUCAUGUUUCGACGAAGAUAUCGUGGUGGUCAACGCUUACUGUUCCGCGUCCUGCACUGUGUGUCCUUGUACUUCCCAAACACAGGAUACGUCCAAGGCAUGGCACCACUGGCUGCCACAUUGCUGAGCUAUUAUGACGAAGAGAAUUGCUUCAUCAUGCUGGUCCGGCUCUGGGAGUAUCGCGGUCUCGACUGGCUCUAUACUGCUGGCUUUGAAAAGCUCAUGGAGACGCUGCAAGACUUUGAAACCCUGUGGCUAACAGACAGAGAAGUCACCAAAACACUGUCGGAUUUGUCAGUACAGCCCAUGGCUUAUGCUACCCGAUGGUAUCUGACUUUGUUCAACCUGGCAAUCCCUUUCGCUGCCCAACUGCGGAUCUGGGACGCAUUCAUGUUGCUGGGCACUUCUCCAAAGAGCAAAGCCGGACCUGACCCUUCCGAAGGCGAGACGACCGACUCUGGUGAGCCGCCAUCAAAGGGCUUGGAAAUUCUGCAUGCUGCCAGCGCCGCCAUCAUCGACGUUUAUAAUGAUUCACUCGUCGACUCCGACUUUGAGAAUGCGAUGAAGAUUUUGACGUCAUGGGUGCCGAUCAAGGACGUUGAGCAUUUCAUCGGGGUCGUCCACGCCGAGUGGAAGCGGCACGAGAACAAGCAGAAGAGCUUCUGA